AUGAAUAAAGAAACACUAAAGGAUCUAUUGACGACAUCUAGAAAAUGGACAGAAUCAGAUGAGCAUAUACUACAGAAGCCAUAUUUACAUAUUGCAAAACAGGAAGGUAAAAAGUUUCGUUCCAAAUUGAUUGAAACCUUCGCUAUAUUUUAUAAUAUGCCAAAACAAGAUAUCCAUUAUUUGCAGAAAAUCAUAGAAAUAUUGCAUACUGCUUCGUUAAUGAUAGAUGAUAUAGAAGAUAAUUCCCUAAUGAGACGUGGUGUGAAGACCUCUCAUUUAGUGUAUGGUAUUCCGAUGACGCUAAAUAGUGCAAACUAUAUGUAUUUUGUAGCAAUGUCAUAUGUGAAAGAGUUAGGUAAUGCACUUCCUUCAACACAGCUAAAUGAUGAAACAGACAAAACACAGAUUGGACUAAUGGAAAUUUUUCAAGAAGAAUUGAUCAACCUUCAUCGUGGGCAAGGUUUGGAAUUAUAUUGGCGUGACACGAAUACCAUCCCAACUAUAGAUAUGUACUUUGAUAUGGUAGCAAACAAGACAGGUGGCCUAUUCAGGCUUGCGAUAAGAAUGAUGGAGUUUUUAGCAAACUAUUACGAAGAUAAAAAAGAUAACAAAGAUCAAAAAUUUAAUUUGAUCUCCAAUUCUUUGGUACCACUAUGUAACAUGCUUGGUGUCAUUUAUCAAAUCAGAGACGAUUAUCUUAACUUGGUAGAUGAUACCAUGCAACAAAAGAAGGGUUUUGCUGAAGAUAUUACUGAGGGUAAACUUUCCUUUCCUAUAAUACAUGCAUUGGCUCAGGAAGCAAACCUUAUUUCGAUUGACAGUACACAUAAACCAUUUCUUAAAAAUACAAUUUUCUCUAGAACAGAUAAUAUAGAUGAAAAGAAAACAUUUAUUAAAAUAUUACAAGAUGAAACCAAUUCUUUAAGUUAUACUAGUGACACGUUAAAAAAUAUAAUAUCACUUCUUAAUGAGGGAAAUUAUUAUCCAAUACCCAUACUUGAAGAUUGCACACUCGACAGAACUAAAAUCGACAUUCUGAAAGCAAUGGUAGAAAAGUUAGCUGCUAUUUAG